AUGGCUAAAUUUGAAAAGUUGAGAGGAGAUUUCAGCGUUUUACUACAGCAGUGUUUGAGAAAUUCUGAUGUAGCAACUUUUCAAAAAAAAUCUGUUGAGGCCUGUCCUAAUGAUACAGAUCGUAAAUCCGCUGUUGAUCAAGCUUUACGUGAUACUUUACUGAUUGUUCUAAAUGAUAGUACAUCAGAAAGUGUUAAUAUUUUUGAAACUUACAUUAAAGUAACAAUAGAUCUUUGUAGAAAAGAUUUAGCGACUACCAGUAUGCCGGUAAUGCUUCUCAGCGAUAUUUUCGAUGCAAUGACAUUAGAUAAAUGUGAACAACUGUUUACCUAUGUUGAGAAUAAUGUUGAAAUUUGGAAGGAAGAUUUGUUUUUCAGUGCUUGUAAAAACAAUUUAUUGCGAAUGUGUAAUGAUUUAUUACGGCGACUAUCUCGAUCACAACAAACAGUAUUUUGUGGCAGAAUUUUAUUAUUUCUUGCAAAAUUUUUCCCCUUUUCUGAAAGAUCUGGGCUUAAUAUUGUCAGUGAAUUUAAUUUAGACAAUCAUACUGAAUAUAAAACUGAAGAAAUUGAUGAUGAUUUAGAAUCAAUGGAAGAGGAAAAAUCAGAAAAUAAAAUACAAAUGGACUAUAAUUUGUAUCGAAAAUUUUGGGCUCUACAGGAUGUUUUUAGAAAUCCCAACCAGUGUUAUAAUAAAGUUCACUGGAAAGUUUUUUCUACGAAUACCUCCAGCGUACUUUCUGCAUUUUCAUCUUUCAAAUUGGAGGAUCAGCGAACAUGUUCUCUAACUGGAAUCUAUAAAGAAUCUACCGGAGAGAAUACUUAUAAAGAAACUCAUUAUUUUGCUAAAUAUCUUACAAAUCAAAAAUUACUUGAACUACAAUUAUCAGAUUCUAACUUUCGACGUUAUGUACUUUUACAAUUUCUCAUUUUAUUUCAAUAUCUUAACAGUACAGUUAAGUUUAAAACUGAAACGCAUGAGUUGAAACCAGACCAAAUAGAGUGGGUAAAAACAACAACGGAACAAAUAUAUGUUUUAUUAGUCGAAACUCCACCAGAUGGUAAAGUUUUUACAGAGAUUGUAAAAAAUAUUUUAAAACGAGAAGAAUAUUGGAAUGCUUGGAAAAAUGAUGGUUGUCCAGUUUUUAAAAGACCGUUACAUAUUUCUAGUGAAAACGAUGAACCAAGAAAAUUAAAAAAACUCAAACGACGGAUGGGUGAUGUUAUUCGAGAUGCACAAUUCGUCGGAAAAUUCAAUAUGGGCAAGUACGUAACUUUCAUAAUCAUAAAUACAUGUUUGAAACGUAAAAAAUUUUGUUGGUAUUUGUCAUAG